CUAUGCUUUCAUUUUCAACUUUUUUUCCUUUCACCAUUACCAUAACUAACCACCUUGAAAAUUCAGUUUCACAAACAAUAACAACAAUGCCAUUGCCACCAUCAAAUUUCCCUCUCCGUUGGGAAACAACAGCACAACAAUGGUGGUACGCAUCACCAAUCGAUUUAGCAGCAGCAAACGGUCACUACGAUCUCGUCAUCGAACUUCUUCACCUCGACACAAAUCUCCUCAUCAAACUCACUUCUCUUCAACGAAUUCGCCGUCUCGAAUCUCUCUGGAACUCUCAGUUCUCCACCGUCGCUAAAUGUCGUUCUCGCGUCGCGAAAAAUCUCAUGAUCGAAUGUGAAACGGAGAAAAAAGGUAGAAAAAUUAACUCUCUAGUUAAAGCUGGUUAUGGUGGAUGGCUUCUUUAUACUGCUGCUUCUGCUGGUGAUGUUGAUUUUGUUUGUGAAUUGUUGAGAAGAGAAUCUUCUCUUGUUUUUGGUGAAGGUGAGUAUGGUGUUACUGAUAUUUUGUAUGCUGCUGCUAGGAGUAAAAAUUGUGAGGUUUUUAAGAUUUUGUUUGAUUGUGCAAUUUUGAAAAAUAGUGAUGAAUUGGUUUUGGAUGAGGUUUUUAAGAUUGAUAUGGUUAAUAGAGGUGUUCAUGCUGCUGCUAGAGGUGGUAAUUGGGAGAUAUUGAAAGAGUUUGUUGGAAGUGAUUCUGAUAUUUUAGCUUAUAGAGAUUCUUAUGGAUGUACUGUUUUGCAUACAGCUUCUGCUACAGGACAAGUUGAGGUGGUGAGAAAGCUACUGGAAUCAUUUGAUGUUAUCAACUUAACAGAUGCUCAAGGGAACACUGCAUUACAUGUAGCUUGUUACAGUGGUUACUUACCUGUGGUAGAGAUUCUGAUGCAUGCUUCUCCCUCACUAGCAUCGUUAACCAACCACCAUGGAGAUACUUUUCUUCAUUUGGCAGUGGCUGGUUUCAAAAGUCCUGGUUUCUGUAGACUAGACAAGCAUACCGAACUCAUGAAGCAAUUGGUGAGUGAAAAGAUUGUGAAGACACAAGACAUCAUCAAUGUUAAGAACAACGAUGGAAGAACUGCUCUUCAUGUAUCAGUGAUCGAUAACAUCCAAUGUGAUGUAGUGGAAUUAUUGAUGUCUGUGCCAUCAAUUGAUUUGAACGUUUGUGAUUCUGAUGGGAUGACCCCUUUGGAUCUUUUGAAGCAAAGAUCACAAUCAGCAUCUUCCGAUAUUUUAAUCAAACGGUUGAUUUCUGCGGGAGGGAUAAAUUGUAAACUUAGUUCAUAUAAUUCUGAAUCAAGUUGCACGCCGCAGAAGAUCCAAAUCAGUGUAAAUGGAGGUAGUCCUGGGACUUCAUUUAGAAUACCAGAUGCAGAGAUAUUCUUGUACACCGGCAUCGAGAAUGCAUCUAAUGCUAAUUAUGAUCAAACAAGUCUUGAAUCAUAUUCAUGUUCAAGUGAACUAGGUGAUACUAAUUUUGACGCCGUCAAUUCACCAUAUAACAACAAGUCUCAUUCUGUCAAUUAUACAGCAAGACGCUUAAAGUAUCUUCUUAGGUGGCCUAGGAGAAAAGAUACAAAAGCAACUUUCUCAGAAUUGGAAGAUGAUGAUUCUCUUGAUCCUUUUAGUUCAAGUAGAAACUUGGAAGAAUUUUCAAUCCCAUUACGGCAAAGAUACUCACAACCAUGCUCCCUUAGAGGACAAUCUAUAAGGAGUUCAACUCCAAGUCCAUCCUCUAAAAUGAAUUUCACUGCAGGCCUCAUGCAAGGAGUAAUUCAGUUAAAUCCACAUGGUACUCUUCCUACUCAUUCAACUCCUAAUCUUUUUCAAGAAUUAUCUGUGGUUUCUCUAUCUUCGAUAAAAAAACAAAAGGGUCUUGAUAUAAUGGGACCCUCUUGCUCGUAUCGGUCUAUAAAAGAUGAUGGCGCACUUCAAUUGAACUACAAACAGGGUUCUUUCAAUAAGAAAACAUUGAUGAAUCGAUAUCUUUCUUUUGGAGCAGAAGGACUGACGAUGGAAGAUACAAAUAGAUGUGAAUCAAAUGGGAGUUAUAAGCGUUUCAGUUCUUUAGUUGCCUAGUAAGAACAUUAUAAUAAUUAUAUUCUUAGCUUGUAAUGACAAUUUUACAAAUGUUUCUUCUGUAAUUUAUAUAUGCAGUAGAUGCACAUAAUGAUAGUUGAAAAACAAGCAA